AGAGGUGCCUGGAGGAGCUGGCGGGGAGAGGGUCUGGUCCCCCUGUUCCCCUGGUGAGCAGCCUCUGUGCCCCCACUGAGAGGCAUCAGGAAGAGCCUGGUGGUCACCAGUACUCUGCCUGGGAGGCGCUCACUCAGAGGCCCCUCGCGAGCUGUGGCACCGGCAGCUGCUGCCCGCUGCUGCCCGCAAGCUGGAGAUGGUGCCGGGUGCCCUGGCGCCGCGUCCGGCGUCUCCUCCGCCAGCACCACUGCUGGGGAGGAAGCACCCGGGGACAUGGGCUGGAACAGUGGGCUCUGCUGCAGCCCCAUGCUGCUGGCUGCCGGGAGUGUGUGGCAGAGCCCCCUGCGAAGGCUGCUGGAGUCCCUGCACGGCAUCGACACCCCCGAACCCACCCAAGUCUGGCCAGCAGCUGCCAGUGGCAUGUGGGGGGCUGUGGGGACAGGCACCAGGGACCACAGCCCCACCGCAGCAGGGGUGACGGCACCAGCAAUGCCCACCCAGAGCCCCAGUGAGACCCAAGUGUUGGGUGCAUCCAGCACUGCCACACCAAGGGACCCCCACCAUGCCUGCAGCACAUGGCCACCUGCCCGUCCCCCCACCAUGGGGACAGUGACCAAGAGACCCUUUGCAGAAGUGGGUGCCGUGUCCCCAGAGGGCUCCAGCACGUGUACCGGUGGUUGUGAUGGGGCGAGCUCGCCCAAGAAGAGUGACCCCAGAGGGAGCCCCCCAGCCCCACAGCAGCCCCUUGGUGAGGCCCAGCACCCGCGGGCUGAGGUUGGCCGUGCCCCCACCAUCGUGGUGGAGGAGCUGGAGCGGCUGUGCCAGGAGCUGGGCUCGGUGCGCCAGGAGGUGUGUGGUGUGCGGAGCCACCUGGCGCAGCUGGAGCGGGGCUGGGCGCGGGAGCUGGCUGCUCUCACCCGCGGCCACCGGCACCUCCGCCGUGCCAUCCGGCACCUGCAGAGACAGUGCUGGGCGCUGGAGACCCGCUCCCGGCUGCCUCAUGGCGCAGGGGAUGCCAGUGCCGUCACCUCCCUGCAGUCCGUGCUGCUGCCAGCCCUGGCACAGCCACGGCUCCAUGGCCUGCUCCGCUUCACCAACAAGCCGGCGCUGCUGCAGGCAGCCUGCGGGUGCCCCGAGCCCCCCAGAUGGGCCGGUGCCCACCUCGCCAUUGUCCCCAUUGCCUGUCCCCACCACUGUUUGGCCCGCUUUGUUGCUGACCGGUUUGCCUGGAGGGUGUUGGAGCCGCGCUGCAGCACUCGCUGUCCCGCUGCCAGCCAUGGCCAAGGCUCUGUGGGGCUGUGAGUGAGUUCGGCCUGAGAGUGCUGGGUCCUUCCCCCAACUGUGGCGGUGCUGAGCCCUUGUGGCACUGCCCUGCAGCCCAGGGGCUGCUCAUGGCAGAUCUGGCCCUGGUUCAGGAGGGGUAGCCGGGCUGUUUGCUGGCCACACCAGAGGGGUAGCCCUGGUCCUGGCCACUUGGGUUCCGGAGAGGCUCCUCCUGCACCCUGU